AUGGCGUCUGCGGAGACCUCUACCAUGAUACCAGCGCCAAUUCUGGCAGGGCCUAUCCAACCCAAAGAGACGGGAGUUAGCCAAGGACAGAAGUCAACUUCGAUAUCAGGAAAACCUGCCUUUGAACCUUCCAAGCAUCUGGCUCACACCGCUCCUUCCAAAGUGUACAGCAUGAAAGAGCUCGGCUAUUCGGACAGUCGAGGUGUUUCCCCCGUGGGAGUCUCUGAGCCGUUCCCAUUAUUUUCUGCCGAAGCUAUUCAGCAAAUGCGGGCAGAGGUUCUGAGCGACGAAGUAUUCAUGAAGCACAAGUAUUCCAGUGAGCUCGCCCAAUGCCAACUGCGAGGAUAUGCGGCAGAAUGCGCACCGUUCAUCUAUGAUGCUUGGAGAAACCCAGCCACGCUGGCUAUAAUUUCCAAGAUCGCUGGUGUAGAUCUCGUGCCUGCAAUGGAUUUCGAGAUUGGCCACGUCAACAUAUCUGUUCACAGUGAAGAGGAGAAGAAUGAAGCCAUCAAGGCGGUCAUGGAGAAGGCGACGCGGCAGGCAGAUGAAGGCGUUGCAGGAUGCCCUUGGGAGGAUGAAGAUCCGAUCGUGGACUGGCAUACGGACAGUUACCCCUUUGUCUGCGUGACCAUGCUUUCCGAUUGCACGAACAUGAUCGGCGGCGAGACAGCUCUGAGAAAGGGCAAUGGCGAAGUAGUCAAGGUCCGAGGACCACAAAUGGGAUCUGCCGUCAUUCUCCAGGGACGUUAUAUCGAGCAUCAAGCGCUUCGUGCUCUGGGAACAACGGAGCGCAUCUCUAUGGUCACUUCUUUUCGUCCACGCGCUUCAGCCAUCAAAGAUGACACUGUGCUCACCACAGUCCGUCCAGUCUCCAAACUUGGUGACCUAUACCACCAGUUUGCAGAGUAUCGCUUUGAGAUCCUGGAAGAGCGCCUGCGAGAUGCCAACCGGUUCAUGCGCGACCAGAAGAGAGCGACUAGGCCCUUUGAUACCCGCCUUCUGAAGCAGUUCAUCAGGGACCAGAUCGCGUUCUUGGAGCACAUGGACAAGGAGAUUGUUGAGGAUGAUAAAGUCGUUAAAGGUGUUGUUGAUGACAGCCACCUUGUUUCGGAAGAGCUCAAACUGCGGCGUUCUAAGAAACGAGGUUUUGCUGCAGUGGAAUAGGUAUGGACCGGACAUCUACUUGGUUUCAUUGAUUUGUCAAAGCAUUCUUGUAAUUCUCCUUUUCGCGCAAGGGCCAAUCUGCAUUUUCUCACAGGGUGCUUUCGAUGUAUCAAGCGAAGGGUCGCGACUGGGCCAGAUUUACUAUUUCGAAUUAGUUAUUUCCAGAUGCUGUGGGAGUUUCGUCGCGUUGGAAAAUCGGGCGUUCUUUUCUCUUUACUUGGAGUAGGAAGCGUUUAGAGAGGUAGCACUGAUAUUCUUGUUUGAUAGUCUUCAUGUUCGUCAAAUCCAGACUGAAGUGAGUUUUGCAUGUGUUGUUCA